UUUUCGUUACAUGGUUCGCGAAGCUGUCGACCUGUAGAGGCCAACCAUUUACCACGACCCUGCGUUAAAGACGAAGAUGGCUACGAGAUCCGAAGAUCAGUUGGGUAUAAAAUGGGACAAAUGUGUCGCUGACACAUUGCUGAAAAUGGGUGGCGGACUGGCAGUUGGUGCAGUGUUUUCCCUCAUGUUCUUCAAACGACGGGCGUGGCCCAUGACCUUCGGCCUGGGCUCAGGCCUCGGCAUGGGCUACUCCAACUGCCAGCACAGUUUCGACGAGCCGUACCUGGUGCGAGCCGACCGGGUCAAGGUGCGGACGGCGCAGCAGGAGACAGCCGGCCCUGAAUCGCUCGGCUAACGCCCCGUCGUCGCGACUAGUGUGUCUGCCCAUGUGUAUACCUGUUGACCCUGUCCUCGGACGGGCUGCCGCCCCGCCCAUGUGCUGGUGGUCGUCGCCCGACGUCGCGUGUGGUGCCCAGAUCGUGAAGAAAAUUACGCACUUAUAACAAUAAACAAAACGGCUACCA